AUGUUAUUACAUGAAACAUUUCAUUCAAAACAAGUUAUUAAAGUACAAGAUUUAAUAAAACAUUAUGAUUCAUUAUUAACAAGUGGACAUGAACCUGAAACACAUGCAUGCUGGUCACCGACAUUAACACCAUCAUCAUCAAGAAUACAUUUAUCUAUCAGUGGUCAAUUGCAAUCUUAUUGUGAUUUAAUAUGUCAUCAUGAAUUAUAUGUUGAACAUUUUACAUCAAUAACAACACAUUAUCAAUUAUUAUUAUUAUUUUUUAUUGAACAAAGUGAUACAUGCACAUAUGUACAUAAUUUAUUUGAUCUUAUACAUCAUACAUCAGUUGCAAGUCAUUUAUUCGUUUGUGAAGGAAUACAUUUAUAUGAAAGUGGUCUUACAUUAGUUUUAUUAAUUGAACAAUUUCUUCCCAUUACCAUUAAAUGA